CCGGGGUGAGGGGUGUCUGCGCGGGGGAGCUGAGGCCUCCUCUUGUUUCCUGUCAGGUCGGGGAGCCCCGGGAGUGGCAGCCGGCGCUGAAAGAAAGCGGUGAUGGCGUGGCUCGGGGAGCUCGGUGGGAAGAGGUGAUGCUCGGAAACAGAGUCUUGGGAACAGCCGGCAGAGCCGCCUGGGAUUGCGUUGAAAAUGCUGGGAGAGACAAAGCAGCUGACGGUGAGGAGAGAGCUGUACACGGACCCUGCCUUCCCUGCCAGCGACACCUCCAUAUUCUUUGAUUCCUGCACCCCGCUCACCCGGUUCAGGGGUGAGAUAUCGUGGUUGAGACCUCAGGACAUUUGCUCUACUCCUCGGUUAUUUUCAAACAAUCUGCAGGAUGUACAGGUGAAGCAAGGAAUCCUGGGAGACUGUUGGUUCCUUUGUGCCUGUGUAGCUUUGCAAAAGAGUAAAUACCUGCUGAAUAAGGUAUUCCCUCCAGGUCAGCCCAGCUGGACAGAUGAGUUGUAUCAAGGCCGUUUCACCUGCCAUGUCUGGCAGUUUGGACACUGGGUGGAAGUAACCAUUGAUGAUCGUUUGCCUUGCCUUGGUGGUAAACUCUGUUUUUCCCAGUGUCAGACAGAAGAUUUGUUUUGGCUUCCACUACUGGAAAAAGCUUAUGCAAAAGUGCAUGGAUCUUAUGAGCAGCUGUGGGCAGGACAGGUGGCAGAUGCUUUGGUGGAUCUGACUGGAGGCAUUGCUGAAAGAUGGGCCUUGAAAGAGCCUGCAAGAAACACAGGGAAAGAGAAGUCUGGCAUGGUUUUGAAGAAAGAAGUGUUUAGGAGACUAAUGGUUUUGAAAGAGCAAUGUGUGAUAAGCUGCUCAGUCCUCGAUUCCAGACAAGGUGCAAGUGAGCUAGGAGAAUUUCAUGCUUUUAUAGUGACAGAUAUGUUGAAUCUUUCUGAAGUGUCAGGCAAGGAAAUCAUCCUCCUACGAAUACGAAAUCCCUGGGGAAGGCGGUGCUGGAGAGGUCCCUGGUGUGAGGGUGGUGAAGGAUGGAGCCAGCUGGAUCCGAUGGUUGCCUCCGAACUCCUCUCACAGAUCCAAGAUGGAGAAUUCUGGGUUGAUGAAGAGGAAUUUUUCAGAGAAUUUGAUGAGAUUACUGUGGGCUUUCCAGUGAAUGAGGAAGGACAACUGCAGAGCCUGUAUACAGAGAAAGUCCUGUAUCACUCUCGGAAUCUGUUUGGAUCCUGGGUGAGAGGCCAGUCUGCAGGUGGCUGCCGUAACAACAGCAGCUUCCCUACCAACCCUAAGUUCUGGCUGAGAGUCUGUGAGAAGAGCGAGGUGUGCAUUGCUCUGCUGCAGAAACACAGAAAAUACAGUGCUGACUGGGCUGGAAGAAUUAAAAACCUGACUCGCUUAGUAGAUGAAAAUCUGUCUUUGACUGAAGGCAUACAGGGGAAGAAAUAUCAGGCUGUGGGAUUGCAUGUCUGGAAGGUGGAGAAGAAACGAUUUAACCUUCCAAAGACCCUCUCUGCUCCUCCAGUUGUAGGUACCGUCUGCCAUUCCUAUGACAGAGAAGUGCAUGUAUGCUGUGACCUUUCUCCUGGGUACUAUCUUGUUGUUCCCAGCACUUUCCUGAAAGAUGCUGUAGGGCAUUUCUUGCUUCGUGUAUUUUCUACAGGAAGAAUCUCUCUCAGUGAGAUAAAACCACCACCCACAGAUGCUGCUCUUACUGAAGAACUCCCAGUUGGUGAAUGGGAAACGCUGCAGCUGGAAGGAUGCUGGAAAAAUGGACAAAGUGCUGGAGGCAGCAGGAACUUCCCCUCCUUCUAUAUCAAUCCCUGCUUUCCUCUCUCCGUUCCUGCAGGACCAGGAAAAAGCAGUGUGAAAAUCACUCUCCGUCAGCACUGCCAAGACAGCAAGUGUCGUCCAAUAGGUUUUCAUAUCUUCCAGGUACCUAACAGCAGUUGGAAGCCAAAUACUUCCUCUUUUCUGCACUUGGAGCCACUGGUGAGCUGUGUACCUCACUGCUAUUCACAGGAAGUAAGCCGACUGUGCAGGCUUCCUGCUGGAAGUUAUGUAAUUAUACCAUCUACGUACCUGCCCAACACAGAAGGCAGUUUUACAGUGAUCAUAGCAACCAAAAUAGACAGGAAACGCAUUCACAGCAGAGAGACACUUGGACAAGUAUUGCAAGAAGUUUCAUUUACAACUGUGAUGAAAAAGUGAUCUGGAACUCUCACGCUGACAUUUUGAGAAUCAUGGGAAAGCUGAGGAAUGCACAUUUCUUGCUGGUUUUGGUUUGGAAUGAGACAAAGAGAAGAAAUUUAUAGCCCGGUUGUUUUUCCACUGGUAACAACUGUCAGGUCUACAGCAACUUUUCUGUAAAAAUACCUCCUUUAUCGUGUACACUGUAAGCAUAUGUUCUUCCCACGUGUUUUAGAACCAGCAUUAUACAACGGAUCUUCAUCAUGUACCUCAGUUCCUCACAAAUACAGGUGAAGAAUAUGUGCAUGUUUUCACUCAAGAUGCAUUUUUAGAAGAAAACCAGGAAAUUCUAGUGCAUAAUGGAAUAAUAUUUUAGGGGAAAAAAAAUCAAUCAGGAGACCAAAGGGUGAACACAGCAGAAGUAAACUGGAAAUCUUUUUCUCACGUAGGACAUACCUCAAGAACCAUCAGAAUAAACUGGAAUAGAGCAAGUCCAAGCUUGUAUCCUACACUGCCAGUCAUACUGCAGAGCACUUUACCGUGGGCCCUUGGCUGCACCGUGUGAGUGGUAGGGUGAAAAGAGAUUUUUUUUGUGAGUUUUCCUUUAAUGAAUCCCACAAAAGGUGGAGAUAAGACUUGAAAACUUUUAUGAACUGCCACAUCAGACUGCUUUCAUAAAUCUGUGAGAAUGUGUUUUAUGCCAGGUACCUUCUGCCCUCACUGCAAGAGAUCUGAAGGUUGAGAGAUUUUUUUUUUUCUUGAUUUCUGUUAGAAAAUAUUUCUAAAUCAAGGAGGAUUUUUUUAGAUGUUAUAUUUUCCUCAAUAAAAUUGGAGUAAUGUUUAAAAGUUUUAAAAUGUCUUUUAUUAAAAAGGUAGAAAUUUAUC